GGUCGGGGCGAGGGGACCCGGGGCCCUUGGGGUGCUGAGGACGGGCCAGGAGCAGCAAUGUCCGUGCAGGUGGCAGCCCCCGGAGGCGUGGGGCUGGGCCCAGAGCGCCUGGGGCCCGCCCUGGCAGGCCCGGGCCCGGGCGCUGGCCUGGAGCUGCUGCAAGAAAAGCAGCAGGUGGUGAGCCACUCGCUGGAAGCCAUCGAGCUGGGGCUGGGCGAAGCCCAGCCGGGCCCCUGCUACCCCACCCCAGCUGACCCCUCCAUCCUUGCGCUGCCCCACAGGGACCAGAACAAGUACAAGGAAGCCACAGACCUGCUCCACGACGCCCUGCAGAUCCGGGAGCAGACACUGGGCCCCGAGCACCCCGCGGUGGCUGCCACCCUCAACAACCUGGCCGUCCUCUACGGAAAGCGCGGGCGGUACCGGGAGGCCGAGCCCCUGUGCCAGCGCGCCCUGGAGAUCCGUGAGAAGGUCCUGGGCGCCGACCACCCGGACGUGGCCAAGCAGCUCAACAACCUGGCGCUGCUGUGCCAGAACCAGGGCAAGUUCGAGGAGGUGGAGCGGCACUACGCCCGGGCCCUGGGCAUCUACCAGGCCCUGGGCGGGCCCCACGACCCCAACGUGGCCAAGACCAAGAACAACCUGGCCUCCGCCUACCUGAAGCAGAACAAGUACCAGCAAGCGGAGGAGCUGUACGGGCUGGAUAGCGGGGGAGUGGGACUGGAUGGGGCGCGGGGCCUGACUGUGCCCGGCGCCUCCCAGACUCUUCGCCGGAGCAGCUCCUUCUCCAAGCUCCGUGAGUCCAUCCGGCGUGGAAGCGAGAAGCUGGUCUCCCGUCUCAGAGGCGAGGGGGCAGCGGGAGCAGCCGGGAUGAAGAGAGCCGUGUCCCUCAGCACGCUGCACGUGGGUGGUGCCAGGGCAGCUGGGACCCAGUUACCCAACCAGCACCUGAGUGAGGCCUCUCGGACCCUCAGCGCCAGCACCCAGGACCUGGGCCCCCGCUAAAGUCCACAGGACCACGUGCCUGCAGCUUCCACCAGAGGGGAGUCCAUUCAUCUCCUUGCCUGGCACCCUGGGGACACCCCGUGUACUUGGCUGCCCUCUCCUCUGCUAUUAAAGUUUGUCGAUCUGGCCGCCAAGAA